CUCAAUCUCCCACUCUCGCACUCACGAUCACUCUUCCAUGUUUCCAUCACUCUCGCCAUUCAUUCACCCUCCCCAUCAUCUUGCCUCAGUCUCGCUCAAAUGCCAUACAUCCCCCCUCCCCAACGAGUCGAUCUGAACGCGUUGCCACCCUCCCUUCUCGUCUUUCCGCGCGACGACUACACUCACGGUGCCUAUCGCACACCCUGCGGCCCGUUUGUGGACCCGACCCACGUCGUGUUGGCCGCCGCUGCCCGCCGUGCGACCCGUGUAUGGCGCACCGCUCUUUCCUCGGGAGACUGGAGAAGGGUGGAUACCCGUUGCUUCUGCCUGGUGGUGUUGGACAAGGUCGUACAAAUAAACGUUCAACGAAGAUUCAUCUGUGGCAUCCCAUGGCCCCUUAUCCGAUACCUCGACGACUGGCGGGUUGCUGUCCGCGAUCUCGCGGCGGGCAUAUACGACAUUGCUAGCACGCAAGCGCCGUGGUCACCCACGCGUUCCGUUGUCGUCGGCCGUCCUCAUGGACUGGUUUUAUUUCUCUGGCGACAGCAUCGUUUACCGCUACCCUUAUCCCAAGAAGAUCGACCUCCCCGCCAUCGUUGGACCCUUCAGCCCCGACCUCGAGCGCAGUGUGUUGAAGUCCCAUUGUGAGCAGCCCGGCGAUGGUCCGCUUCGGCUUUGCCGCCGGCAACAGAGACGACCCAGGGCUGGGCUCGGCACAAUGAUGGAGCAGCUGAAGAUUGAGCCGUAGUCUAGUCUCAUAUGCAAGCCCGCGGGCCCGCCAAGUAGGUGCUUCGGUAGUGUUGGUGAUCAGU